GAGUACUCCAUACAAAAUACUCCGUAUGUCACUCCAAAGUCUCCAAUACUAUCUAAGCUCUACUCUAUAAUCCAUAUUUCCUAAAUUUAGCCAAACGAGCACAAUUAGGAUCAUUGUGGACGCUUACCAAAGUAAUUAAGAAACUGGAAACUUGGAAGUGAAGUGAAAGUACUCAUACUUUUAAGGAGGUAGAAAAGAGAGGGAAAAAUAAUAUGGCAGGCCAUGAAGAUUGCAUCGAAGCUGAGAAUGCAGAAGCCAUCAUCACUCGAAUCGAGCACAAAUCUCGCAAGAUCGAAAGCUUACUCAAACAGUAUAAACCAGUCGAAGCUCUUAAAACUGCGCUUGAAGGUUCAUCUGCCAUUACUAAAGAUGAUCGCUGCAAGUCGGCGAAUUGGAUAGCGGUUCAUCGGGCGAUAAUGGCGAUUAAAGAUGUUGAUGGGAUGCUGGCUUCUUUAGAUUCUGAGUAUUAUGACAUUCUCAUGAAGUACUUAUACAGAGGUUUGUCAACUGGAGAUCGCCCAACAUGUGAACGGUGCCUCAGAAUACAUGAUAAGCUGACUCAGAGAGCUGGUCUAGGAUGCAUACUUCGUUGUCUUGCUGAUACAGCGAAUACAGUGUGAUCCAACUUAAGAUAAAUUCGCAAGACUCACAAGCAGACUUUCUGAUUGAAAUGGUCUUACACCUACCCUUGUGCAUCUCUUUCUUGGAAUAUAGAUAUGCAGAAUUGUUAAGAUAUGUACAUAAGCAAAUGUCCUUUACUCUUUUUCUGGCAGUAUUCUGUCUCACCCCUGUGGAACUCAAAUAUUCUAAGCUCUAUUCAUUAUAUCAAAGAAUACAUAUCUUUAGAAAAAUGAUUCAGAUCA